AUGUGUGAUAUUGACUGUGCUAAUUUAAUAGAUUUAAGCUUGGAAGAAAAUACUCCCUCUGAGAAGACUGACAAUAAAAAUGAAAUAUCUCCGUCCGCUACAAAUGAGAAUCUUUCGACACUGCUGCAUUUUGUUUCCCCGCCACAUGCAGAUAAACGUACUAGCCUCGACAAUAAUCCAUUUGAUAUUGUGGAAAAAUUGGCCGAUUGCCAGAAUGAUCCGUUUGAUAUUGUGGAACGAGAGGCCUGCCUUAAGGCUAGGCUUUGCACAAAAACGCCAUCGGUGGAGGUUAAACUGGGCAACCUCUUGUGUUUAAGCAAUGAAAAUCUAUUGGAAUGUGGUACUGCUGAAUCCGAGGAAGCCACGGUGGGUAGUAAGUUGAAGGAAUUUGAUUUGGAAUUAGAAAGUCCGCCUGUUACAAUGUUGGAUAAAUUUCAAUCGGGCACCGAUACGGAUUCCACACCUGGUGAUAGUGCUGAAAUGUCAUCGGCAGCUAAGCAGAAAAAAGCAAUGGAAUAUCGAAAGCGGUUAUUGAAAUUAAGUGUAACCAAUGCGGCAUUUAAUUCGCCCAUUGCUCGAAGGAAUUCGGUGGAUGAGUUUGGGGAUGGAAUGGGCACGCCGGUGUCAUCGGGUCUCAAUAAAACUCCAUAUUUGUGUGAAUAUUCAUUGGCUGCUGAAUCCCCAUUAAAAUUUGUCGAUGACGAUAUUAUGGCCGAAGAGCCACCGGCUUUGAUAGAUGCUGAUAAAAACUUCGAGGCCGAUUUGGAAAUGUUGAAAAUUCCAAUGUUGAGUGAAUUGGAAUCCCCGGUGACACAUAAUGUGACACCGCCCAGAGAGGAGAAAAAUAACGAUGUUUCAAUUAAAAAUAAUGCCGCCACAAAAUCAUCACCACGUCUUGAUUUGGAGGCCAUUAAAUCAAAGUUGAAAUCCAAACGUGAGGAGGAGACAAACAACAAUAAUCAGGAAAUAAAUUCACUUAUUUGCGAUUUAAAGACAUUGUUGAACAGCGGCGAUUUGGUAGCAAAUGGCAAGCAAAUGCAGGCAUCAUCUCUAUUGGAGUCGCUGAGCAGUGCCUUGACCACGUCACAGACUUUGGAGAGUCAGGUAAUGCAAGAAAAACACAGUCUUACUGUUCCAGAACCACAACCGAUGAAGCGACAGGGUACAUUCGAUCUGGAUUUACAAGAGAAUUCCGCUGGCGAUGAACUGGCCAAUCAACCACUGGUUUCCGAAAUGCCCAAUUGCAUGGUUAGUUCAUCGGCCACCUAUGAUGGUGAAAGUGCAGAAGAUAAACAAGAUUUGAAUCUUCCUGAAAUUGAUCCACCUUCACCACAAUAUUCAGAUGGCGAUGGUGGUGGUGAAACUACAUUGCAACAUGAUGUCAACGAUAUCGUCGAACAGUUGAGUAAACUCCUUAUCCAUAACAAUUCUGGAGAUGGCCAGCAGGGCAGUCAACCAAAUCCUACUUUUAUUGUGGUUAUGCCUGCUGCAAACAGCCAUCACAAUAACUCAAUAUGUGGUGGUGGGACGGUGUCGGCAAAACAAAAAGCCGCCAUGACAUCCAGUUAUAUGGAACGUUCAUCGCUCGAUGAUUCGCCUGAAAUAAAUAUUUCUGGAGCACCGUCCAAUCCUCAUCGUAGAAGGUCGCAAUCACUGUCGCUGCACGAUAAAGUGAAAAUAGUACAAAUUGUACAUCCACCGACCCCCAAGGGAUUACAGAGACAGCACAGCAUCAUGGAUGAUUCUCCGCCAGUGACAACCACACCACCACCAAAGGAGGUGGCGGCGGCGGAAUCCGAGGAAUUUAAGACACCAGAAUUUAAAACACCUGGACGCAUGGUACGCCGUAAUUCCUAUUCGAGUGGUACACCAUACACGGCCACUGUGGGUAUGAGGAGGACUGGUGUUGGGUAAGUUAAAACUCAAGAGAAUAUAAAAAUCUUAAAAAGAAAUUCUUUCGAAUACAAUUUUAAAAAAAAUUUAAUUUGCAGCCAAACAUUGGACACCCACAUUGAGGGACAACAACAAAAGGCCAUUGUCCGACCAAUGCCACCCACAAAUAAUCUUCAAUCGUUUAAACCAGAUCUUAAGAAGAAAAAUAAAUCUCAAACUACCGAAUCUAUUAUGAAAUCAUCAGGACCCCUGAAAGCUACCAUACCCGUUAAGAAGGUGGCACCAAUGCUGAAAACAUCACCCCCAACACCAGACAAUGGAGGUAAUAUGUCCGAUGAUGGCCAUAAUAAUUCGCGUUUGAAAUUGAAAAUUCCCACCACACCCAUGGCAAGUGGACGUUCAUCGGCAUUGGGUGUGGCGGCUGGUUAUCCCAAUGCAUGUUCAACACCCUCUCUAUUUACAUCACCCAUGAAACGUUCUACUGGUGGAACAUUGCAAAAACCAAGAUAUUCUUAUCUCUCUGCCACUCCGAAUGCUAAAACAACUGCUACGUCGUCGACGACGGCUACAACAUCAAACCUAAAAAGACGUACCAUAUCAGAGUUUAAAGCUAAAUCACCAUUAAAAUCGAGAUUAAAUACCACUGCUGGUUCGUCAGGCACAAGUGGCAGGACUUCAAGCACAUCGUCACGUUUGUCCACAUCAUCAUCAUCACGGCUUUCAACAUCCUCCAGUUCCAGACUAAGUUCGAAAACAGGUUUAAAAACAGCAAGCAAUACUGCCACAGUUAAGCCGACUGGUCGAUUGACUUCCAGGGCAUCCACGGCCGGCUCCACUUCAUUAUCCCGUAACAAGGAAAAUAAACAUCCAUAA